AACGGAUUUUCACCACUGCAUAUUGUUUGCAAGAAAAAGAAAGUGAAGAUGGUGGAGAUAUUACUCAAGAAUGGAGCCACUUUGGAAGCGGCUACAGAGACUGGCCUAACACCCUUACAUGUGGCCUCCUUCGUAGGCUGUCCUGAGGCAGUUGUUCUGCUUUUGCAGCGUGGCGCUAAUGUAAAUGGUCUGACGGUGCGCAGUGAGUCCUCAUUACACCUGGCAAUUCGCAAUCGCCAACUAGAAACAGCCAAGGUGUUAAUCAAACACGGCGCGCUAGUCGACGCAGCAGCUAGAUCGCACGAGAAAGUUGAUGCAAGGCUGUGA